AUGGACAUUUCUCGGGUCAUCAAGCCCUGGAAGCUCAACUCUCAGAGGACUCUGGUCUUUAUGAAUGCAACUAUCAUCGACCCAGUUCAGGGCGAGUUGAUCCCACAUGCCACAGUCCGAAUCUCGGAUGGGAAAAUCACCCAGAUCGUCACCGACGGCUCAACGACAGCCACAGAAGACGUUUCAGAAGAAAGCAUCAUUGAUCUAAGUGGAAAGUACUUGUGCCCUGGCUUGAUCGACUGCCAUGUUCACAUCGCCGUGGUUCCAGGCGAAGCCGAUCUCCGUGCCUACAAGGACAUGACCGAGCGCAUCAGUCUUCUUCGGCAGCCACUCGUCCUCAAAUCCAUGUUAGAGCGUGGCUUUACCUCAAUCCGAGACUGCGGCGGCGCAAGUCUAGCAGUGAAGGAAGCGGUUGAGGACGGUGUUUUCCCCGGUCCUCGACUGUUCAUCGCCGGCUAUGCCCUCUCCCAGACAGGCGGACAUGGUGAUAUGCGCGGCUCUCACGAUGCCCAGCUAUGCUGUGGAGGCUCGCUGUCCGGAAUUAGUAGGAUUGUCGAUGGCCCAGCAGAGUGCUAUAAGUAUGCCCGCGAGGAGCUGCGCCAGGGAGCCGACUUUAUCAAAAUCAUGGGAGGUGGAGGUGUCGCCAGUCCCACAGACCGCAUUGAGCAUGUUCAGUUCUCAGACGAGGAGAUCAAGGCCAUUGUCACGGUCGCACGCAAUGCAGGUACAUAUGUCACGAGUCACAGCUAUACACCGCAAGCAAUUCAACAGGCUAUCAAGCUUGGCGUGCGCGGUAUUGAGCAUGGAAACCUCAUUGAUCUUGAAACCGCAAAGAUGAUGGCUGAGUUGGAUGUCUUCUUGACACCUACGCUUAUUGCACAUGUCAUGUCUAAGCAAUUGAACUUUCUGCCUCCCGAUGGCGCUGCUAAGAACGACGAGGUCCUCGAGAAAGGACUUCGCGCCAUGAAAAUGGCGGUUGAAGCCGGUGUGACUGUUUGUUUCGGUAGUGAUCUUCUCGGUCCGAUGCAUUUUGCUCAGAGCAAGGAGUUCUCGGUCCGUAGUAAGGUCCUGACGCCUUUGCAGAUUCUGCGAAGUGCGACUGUCAAUGCUGCUCGUUUAAUUAUGCAGGAGGAUCGACUUGGUCAGAUUCGGGAGGGAUUUGCUGCUGAUCUGGUGAUUUUGAAUGAGAACCCGUUAGAUGAUAUUACUGUUUUGGAUAAGGUUGAGGAGCACAUGAUGGGUGUGAUCAAGGAUGGGAGAGUAUAUACUUCGCGGUGGGAGGCUCUUAAGGUAGAUGCUUGA